AUGACUGAUCAACAACAAAAAAAUAACGAGACUACCGAUCAAAUUUUUCAUGGAGUACCAUUGAAUGAUAUUCCUAAUCUUUUUCAAGCAGCUCCCACUCUAAAAGAUAUGCAAGAUAUUAAUGAUGUUGGUCACACAUUUAUGAUCAAACCAUUCAAAUAUGAUCCAUCGAAUCCUAAUCUCGAACCAGAACCAGCUCAUGGAAUGGGAAAUUAUUUUGAUAUAUGGAAUGAUGAUCAUGUUCAUUUGCCAUGUUCGCCAUUUAAUGUAAUGGUGGGUUUAAACUAA